AGGAAGUCGCAAAUUACCUGUCUGCUGCGUCUUGGGUUCCAGGUGCAGGGAAUCACGGUUGAGCUGUGCAGUCGGACCAUGGUGAACUAUGAGCGUCUGUCAUCAAACAGGGAAGUUUGGCACGCCAUGAAUGCAGUGACCUAUAAUGAUGUGCAUGUGAACUUCACCCCGGAAGAGUGGGCUUUGCUGGACCCUUCCCAGAAGAAUCUCUACGAAGAUGUGAUGCUGGAGACCUACAGGAACCUCACUACCAUUGGCUACAAUUGGGAAGUUCAUGCUAUUGAAGAGCAGUCUCAAAGUUCUAGAAGACAUGGCAGGAAAUCUCUUAAAAAUGACUUAGUCUAUCUAAAAACCAUGUUCAACUCCUGUUGAAGGGUUCAAGAAACUUGUAAAGCUGCUAAUAUAUCAAACAUUUCUCAAAACACCAUACCUCAAGAACUGAAUAAAGGAUGUGUCAAUAACUCAAAGAAAUUCCAUUACAAUCAGGAAUAAGACAAAGUUGACCAUGCUCUACAUUUCUUCAGCAUAGUUCUUGAAGUUUUAGCAAUAGCAAUAAGGCAACAAAAAGAGAUCAGGGGGAUUCAAAUUGGAAAGGAAGAAGUCAAACUUUUAUUUGCAGAUGAUAUGAUAGUGUACAUAAGUUCUCUACCAGAAAACUCCUACAACUGAUAAAUACCUUCAGUGAUGUGGCAGGAUACAAGAUCAACUCAAAAAAAAUCAAUAUCCCUCCUAUACACAAAUGAUAAAGAAGCUGAGAAGGAAAUCAGAGAAAUUAUUUCACAAUGGCCACAAAUAACAUAAAAUAUCUUGGGGUAACACUAACCAAGGAAGUGAAAGACCAAUUUGACAAUAACUUUAAGUCUUUGAAGAAAGACAUUGAAGAAGAUACCAGAAAAUGGAAAGAUCUCCCAUAUUCUUGGAUAAGAAGGAUCAACAUAGUAAAAAUGCCAAUCCUACCAAAAGCAAUCUACAGAUUCAAUGCAAUCCCCAUCAAAAUCCCAACACAAUUCUUCACAUACCUUGAAAGAACAAUAAUCAACUUCAUAUGGAAAAGCAAACAACAAAAACAAACAGGAUACCCAAAACAAUCCUAUGCAAUAAAGGAACUUCUGGAGGCAUCACCAUCAAGCUCUAUUAUAGAGCUACAGUAAUGAAAACAGCUUGGUAUUAGCAUAAAAACAGAGAGGUUGACCCAUGGAAUCGAAUUGAAGACCUGGAUAUUAACCCACACACCUAUGAACACCUAAUUUUUCACAAAGAAGAUAAAAUUACACAAUUGAAAAAAUAAAUCAUCUUCAAUAAACGGUGCUGGUAUAACUGGAUGUCAACCUGUAGACGAAUGAAAAUAGAUCCAUACUAUCACCAUGCACAAAACUCAAAUCCAAAUGGAUUAAAGACCUGAAAAUGGGAAGUAAUCUCCAAUGCAAGGGCACAGGGGACCACUUUCUAAACAUAAUGCCAGUAGCACAGACCCUAAGAGCAACAAUAAAUAAAUGGACCAUUCUGAAACUGAGAAGCAUCUGUAAAUCAAAAGACACAGUGCAUCCUACUGAAUGAGAAAAGAUCUUCACCAACCCCACAUCAGACUAAUGACUGCUAUCCAAAAUAUAUAAAGAAAUCAAGAAAUUAGACAUUAAUAGUCUAAAUAACCCAGACUUCCCACAGGACAGGG